UAACACAACGUAACUUAAAAAAUCCAUCAUCAUCAUCAUCUAAUAUAUCGCGUCUAACAAUACUCGCCGUAUCAAGACCGCCUUCGAGACUUAUAACACCAUCCUUUUCUCAGAAUGCCGAAAAUGUUACACUAUCUUCUUUUUUACAAAAUGCGAAUACGAUCAAUAUAACUAUCAAUAAUAACUAUGCUAGGCCGGACGAGGAAUAG